AUGUCCUUGAGGAAGAUCCGGACCUAUCGUUCAUGCCAGAGCUGUCGAUUAUCCAAGACAAAGUGUAAUGGCGACCGGCCGAAAUGCGCCAGAUGUGCCGCCAAGCUCAUCCAGUGCGUGUACGACGGAGGUGCUGCUCCGCGAUGGACUCGCAAUCUGAACCGAUCGCAAGCGACUUCUGUGGAUGACGAUGCUGGCAGUUCUAGCCCGACGGAGCAGGAUGCCAUGACGGGUGUUGCUCCCAGUGAGGUGGAUGAGACUGCAUCACUUCGCGGAAGCGUGAGCAAGGUAUCAGACGAAGCAAACGACAAGUCGUCUAUUAUUGCUUCUGAGGCUGCUGGUGUAUCCGUUACUGGCGCAGCAUCGCAACACGGUUCCAAUGAACAGCUGAGCUCACAUCCGUUGGCCUGGUUAUUAUCGCCAGCUCUACCGGCGACUCGGAAUCUCCGCCGAGUUGUUGAGCAGUACUUCUCGAAUGUCCAUCCUCUCCGGUGCUUUGCCUUUGUGCAUAAGCCGUCGUUUAUGCGGCAGCUGGACAAGGGCUUCUCCUCCGAUGACGAGUCGGCACUUUUACACAUCAUCUGUGCACAUGGUGCAAAAUUUCUGGUACUUGGCGCCGCGCAAGGAGAGGCCAGCGCACCGCCCUCAUUUUUAAAGAAUGCUGGCAAUCAAUGGGCCAAAAGAGCUGAAUAUCUCAUGCUGGCCAACUUUGGAAAAAUAUCUGUUCAAAGACUCAUGACAGCCAUCCUUCUUCAUGAUUUCCACUUUCGACUUGGCGAAUAUGGGCAAGCACUCAUGAUUAGUGGCCUUGCUGUACGAAUGGCCCAUGCUUUGAAGAUCAACACCGAGUACAACUCGGACAUCCUUUGCACAGAAGAGAACAAUAGUGCGCCUUCGGUAGCAUCAAGGGAGAGUAGGCGGCGACUUAUGUGGGCAUGCUACGUUCUUGACGCGUGGGCCGGUAGUGGCGUGGAUCAGUUGACCCUGCUACGAGAGAACGACAUCAAAAUUCAACUCCCAAGCAAUGAGAGGAACUUUGGCCUGAGAAUACCUUCCGUCACCGAAACACUUGGUGUUGGCCAUGUCUUGCAGUUUCUCCCACCAGCCAUCGUGCCAAGAAAACCAGCGGCCAACAUGGGUAUCAUGGCUUACUAUAUCCGUGUUGUGGCUCUGUGGAAGCGAAUAGUCCGAUAUGUAAACCACUUACAUGCCGGCCCACCUCCCUGGCAGCCAGAUUCUCUGUUUGCUGCAUUAGAUGCAGACCUGCACCUCUGGCGAAGAGAGCUUCCUGAUUUCGUGGAGUACUCUACCGAAACAAUUUAUGCUCGUCUCGAUUCCAAUCAGCUUGGUUCCCUGGUGCUUAUUCACUGCACCUAUCACCACAAUUACUUAGAACUCUACAAACUCACCAUGCCUGACCUUUUUAAACUUUCAAAACCCUUCACAUUUCCGCCUGAGCAUGAUGAGUUUCUCCAGACAGCCCAAGCCAACGCCUAUUAUCAUGCACAGCAAAUUGCGGAUAUUCUGGCGGAAGCAGCAGAGCACGGAUCGCGACUCUUAUCGGACAGUUUGCUGCCAUUUUUUGUUUACGACAGCAGUCGUGUAAUGUUGUAUUACGUGGCUCGCCUUCUGGACCCCAAUCGACCAGACGCAGAAGUCAAACUGAGGGAUGCAGUCAAGGCGGUGGAGAGCAACAACCGGGUUCUCCGCAUGAUGUCCACCUUGUUUCCUAUAGCCCAGUCAUUGUCCGCGACUAUAGAGCGGUGGUUAUCCAAGGUACAGCAAACAGUUGCUCGAGACGACCUCUUGAGUAGUCUUGAAGAUGAUGACCAUCUCGAAUCUCAUCGCCCAGUCAUGUCCAACGGGAACCAGGACAGGACUGCAGAGUAUGUGCUGCCCCCUCUUUCUCUCCAUUCAUUGGCUCGGUCCGGAGCCGGUGAGUCGGGUGGCAUCGACGGUGAAGUAGCCUCCCGAACGGCGAGCUGGAGCACGCAGAAUCCCCAUGCCGGAGGGCCGGCGUCAUGGGAUGGAACCAGUGCUGCAGCCCAUCAACUCGUAGGGCUUAGCCAGGAACAGUCGGUUCGAUCCAGCUUGCAGCAUGAACGACCAGUCCCCGUCCAUCCAUUUCGUAAGGUUGCACCAUCGCAACCCAUGUGCAACGCCUUGGACCUGGACGACUUGCAAAACUUUUUGUCGUGGGAUAUGUACGGAAUCAUGGAAAUGGGCGGUUCCGUGUCCAACGAGGACAUGGACGACUCCGUAUCUCAAUCUUGGACUGGAGCUAUCUGA